GUCUUUGUAGGAUGGGGGUGGGGGGUGGGUGGUGGCCAAAGAUGAUAUCAAUGAAGUAUGUUUCUGACUUGGGGUUGAAUUAUCUCUACUUACAUGUACUCUUGAAUUCUUAUGCUUUUAUUUUCCCCUCUUUUAUUUAUUUUCCAGCUGAACAUCAGUUAUGGAGAAAGAAAACUUGGUCAGUGAGAGAACUGUAGAACAUGGUAACACUGUAAUGGAUUCCUCAGUGGAAAACAUGUAUGUAAACAAAGUGUGGGUUCAAUGUGAGAAUGAAAACUGUUUGAAAUGGAGGUUGUUGUCAAGUGAGAAUGCAGUCAGAGUUGACCACAGUGAACCGUGGUACUGUUUCAUGAACACUGAUUCAAGAUACAAUAGGUGCUCUAUUUCUGAGGAAGACUUCCCUGAAGAAUCUCAGCUUCAUCAAAGUGGAUUCAAGAUUGUCUAUUCACAGCUCCCUCUUGGAAGCCUGGUUUUGGUAAAAUUACGUCAUUGGCCAAGUUGGCCAGGGAUACUUUGCCCUGAUCCUUUUAAAGGGAAAUACGUGGCCUAUGACCUGGAUGGAAAUGUUGAACAGUAUCACAUAGAAUUCCUGGGUGAUCCCCAUUCAAGAUCAUGGAUAAACGCAACAUUUGUUGGACAUUAUAGUGUCACAUUAAAGCCAGGAACAUGUAAGAAUAAAAAGAAGUGGUAUAAAAGUGCACUACAAGAAGCUUACCUACUCUAUGGAUAUUCUCAUGAGCAAAGACUGGAAAAGUGUUACCUAUCAAAACAAGAUAAACCCAAAGCAGAUAUCAAAGUUGCUGUGGCGGCCAAGAAAAGGAUACGAGUUUCCAAAAAUAAUACAGAAAAGAAAAAGCCUAAAUUUAGAAAAAGGAAAAGGAAAGCUAUUUUAAAAUGCUCUUUUGAAAAUGUUUGUUCAGAUGAUGCCUUAUCAAAGGAAAACAUGGUUGUCUCCGAGACAGAAAUUUUACUAAAAGAGCUGGAGCAAAUGCUACAGCAGGCACUGGAGCCCACGGCAACACCUGAUGAGUCUGAAGAAGAAUGCGGAGAGGAGAGAAAUCCAGGAGAAAAGCUGACUAAGUGCAGCCCUGAAGCUCCUGCAGGCAGCCCAUCUGAGAACGACUCUGAAGAGGACUAUCUUUUAAUUGACGGACUAAAAUUAAAAGCUGGAGAAUGUAUUGAGAAUAUAACCAACAAGUUUAAAGAAAUAGAUGCCUUGAUGUCUGAAUUUUAGGGCGUGGUACAGAUUUUCAAAGUUAAUUAGAAAAACAUUUGCAUCUCUGUAUUUUCCUGAAGUCAAAAGCUUGAAAAUGUUUAGCAAAACAGUGUACACUAUACCAAAGUGGGUAUUUGUAAUGACUCUAUAUUUU